AUGAUGUGGCAAUGCCAUGUGUCGUCCUCUGAGUGCCGCUGCUACCGGCUGAACGGCUUCUCACUGCUGAAGCGCUUCCCUCUCUCGGCAGAUGGGGCCUGUGGUAAAGCCCUGGAUCAGCCGGUGGGAGAGUGGCUGGAGCACGUGGGGCUGCCGCAGUACGAGAGCAAGUUCCUGCUCAAUGGCUUCGACGACCUACGAUUCAUGGGAAGUAACGUGAUGGAGGACCAGGACCUCAGAGACAUUGGGAUCACUGACCCAGGACACAGAAAGAAGAUCCUCCAUGCAGCACGCAGCUUGCCAAAGGUAAAAGCACUGGGCUGUGAUGGCAGCACAUCUCUCUCCUCUUGGCUGGAUGGCCUCGGUCUGCAUGAAUAUCUACCCAACUUCCUUUCAAGCGGCUACCGCACCCUGGAGUGUGUUAAGAACCUGUGGGAGCUGGAAAUCGUCAAUGUUAUUAAGAUUGGUCCCCUGGGCCACAGAAAGAGGAUCAUUGCUUCUCUAGCAGAGAGACCCUAUGAAGAGGCUCCAACUAAGUCCCGUCGUCUGUCCCCAAUUAUGUUUCAUGACCUCCUGUCCCAGACCACGUCUCCCCUCAGUCAGAUGGACCCCUACACCAGUCGCUCCAUGGACAUGCUCCUGCCCCUGACUGAGUCAGACCGGAGGCGGAGAGGAGGCGACCAAGACUGUAGUGUAUCUCUGCGGUCUUAUAGUGAGAGGCCGCGCUCUGUAGUGAUGGUCUCCCACAGUCUUAUAGAAGAAAUGAAUUUGUUUCAUGUUACUGUGCAGGACAGACAGAGUGAGCGACACAAAGAGUCUCGUUUAAACCUCCGGCCACCCAGCCACUCUGCUACCUACGCCACAGUGUCCGCCUGGCAUCACCAGCCUGAGAAACUCAUCCUGGACUCCUGCGGGUACGAGGCAACUUACCUAGGAUCAAUGAUAAUCAGGGAUCUACGAGGGAUCGAGUCCACACAAGAUGCCUGCGCUAAAAUUAGGAAAUCAAAGGAUUCGAGAAAGGGUCCAGUUGUCAUACUGUCCAUUACCUACAGAGGGGUCAAGUUCAUUGAUGCAGCCACGAAGACUAUAGUUGCGGAGCAUGAGAUCAGAAACAUCUCAUGUGCUGCCCAAGACCCAGAUGACCUCUGCACUUUUGCUUACAUUACCAAGGAUCUGAAGAGUGGCCACCACUUCUGUCAUGUCUUCAGCACUGUGGAAGUGACACAGACCUACGAGAUCAUCCUAACACUGGGACAGGCGUUUGAGGUGGCCUAUCAGAUGGCGAUCCAGUCCAGGGCAAGACAAUAUGUGCCCCCUUCAUCUCUGGGCUCAGAGGUCAUAGAGACCAAAACCAGCCGUCCCGUAUCUCAGUCGUGGAGCAGCAUGCGGAGAUCAGCAAUCGACCCCCUGGAGAUGGACGCAGACAUGCAGUCCCUGGGCAGCACCACCUGGCUCUUGGACCAGCGGGACUCCAACCGGCGCCCCGUCAGCACCAAGUACGAGACCACCAUAUUCUGA